UAUUGCUUGUGGAGCCAUUCACAUUCAACUGCGCUUGCCUCGCACAUCUUCUCUAAGAUGCGUUUUAUCAUCCCCACGCUUCUUGCACUGGCAAGCUCAGCCACUGCUGCUGGUAUCGCAGUUGUUCUCAACAAUUCUCGGAAGCCAGUACACGUCUGGUCGGUUGGCAGUUCGGUCGGCACUCGUCAUGAUAUCAAAGCUGGGGGCAUCUAUUGGGAGGAAAUGCGCCGCGACGAGAAAACAGGAGGGAUUGCCAUCAAAGUCACAGAAAGUGCAGACGGCCUCUAUUCUGGCGCUCCCCAGCAAGUCUUUGCAUACAACGUGGACAAUGACACAGUCUGGUACGAUUUGAGUACAGUGUUUGGUGAUCCGUUUGCCGGCUACCGACUGCAGGUUACAGGUGACAAUGGAGGAUCCAUUCUGUGGCCAAAGGGAACUCAUCCAGGAGGGAGCCAGCUCAAAUCAGCCCCGAGUGAAGGGAACAUCUUCUUCUCCAUUGAUCCAGCUGUUUAA